GGAUGUUCUUCAUAUAAAGAUUUGAAAAUGGCAUUCAAUAUACUAUUUCAAUGUGCAGCGCGCUGUAAUAUUGUGAAUACACCAACAAAUAAAAAUCGUUUAGCUGAAAUUAUAACCGAAGUUGCAAAUCGUCGUUUGGCCAUACCAUGCCUAUCGGGCUCAGAACCCUUGGAAUUGUUAUUGGAAAUUGGUUUGGAAAAGCUAUACAAAGAUUAUGAAUAUAUAUUUGUGGAGAGUAAAAUAUGCAGUGCCAAUGAUUUGAAAAAUAAGGGAGUUGCCCAGGAGAACAAGGAAAACUCCUCAACAGUGCCGAAUGUACGAAAAUCUUUACGUAAUGCUGUAUUGCAGGACAGUGCUGCUAUGCGUAAAACUUUGCUACACAACGAUGUCAAGAGUAAUGUAAAUACCAUGAAAAAUGAUGUGGUCGGCUUUAAGAAUAGCAAUUUUGAUGAACUUGAGACGGCUAAGACUCUAUCAAAAUUAUUACAAAUCCAUUGUACGUUGGAACAUCUUCUUAUGAUUCAUAUACAUUUGAAUAUAAGCAGUGUGUACUAUGAAGUUUGUGAUCAACUUUUACGAAAACCACCACGUAUAAUAGAUUCAAUAAACGAUUCUUUGGUUGAUGAAAUGGAAAUUCAAUUAUCAGCGCACUAUAUACGUGAACAUUUAGAGGGUAAAGAUCCACAUUCACGACGUAUUACAAUGAAAUCGAAAAAUAAAUUACGUGAAGUCAAGUCAACAUUCUAUUACAAUAUGGAGAAUAUUUUCCCACCGAAUAUUUCAGAAUGUUUUGGUGCCGAGGAAAAGGAGUACAGCAAGGAGAAUGUCUAUUAUAGUUGGUUAUAUCGUAAAAUUACCACAAUUAAAAUGUAA